AUGUCAUUGCCAAGAUUCAUCGCCAUCUACUCUCCUAACAGAAGGGCCUACUUGCGCUAUGUGCACGAGGAUACGGCAGACCAUGGCUUUCUUCAGUUCGGUGCACCGGACGUUGCGACCCCAUACACGAAAUUCGAAGUGAUAAGAGGAAUGGGCACUGGCAAUACUGGGCUGAGUCACAUAAGGUGCUGUUACAACAACAAAUACUGGGUAGCGUGGAAGGAGGACCAAAGCUGGAUUGUUGGUUUGGCAGACGAACCAGAGGAAGACCGAUCCAAGUGGUCAUGUACUUUGUUCAUGCCCCAAUCCGAACUUGGUCAACCUAUGAGGUUUCGGUUUACGCACGCCCAGCUCGGACGCCCUCUGCUCGCUCAGAAUCGAAAUGGGUCCCCUUUACUUCACGCCGCAGCAGAUUCUGUUAGCGCAGAAUUUGUAGAAAUCACCGAUUGGGAGUCAAUGCUUAUACUACCAAAAUAUGUUGCAUUCAAGGGCGAUAAUGGCGAAUAUCUCGGUCAACGAUGGGUUCUCGGAAAUGAUUAUCUGCAGUUUAGAUUUUCUAAUACCACAGAUCAGCAAGUUGGAAAUGAGGUCAUAACUACUAGCAAUGGAAGCAUCCGUGUAAGGUCCUUUGGAAAUAACAAAUUCUGGAGGCAUAGGGCGGAUUGGAUAUAUGCUGAGGCUGAAGGUAACGUCUCCGGCAACGACACAUUGUUUUGGCCCAUCAAAAUUGGCAACGACAAUAGUACUAUCGCUCUCCGCAGCAUGGGCAAUGAUCGGAUCUGCAGGAGAUACGUUCUUUGGGGCAGGCCUAGGUUGCAUCACGCUCUUGUUGCCAACGUUUCCAACAUCACUGCAGAUGCCCGAAUAGUUAUGGAAGAACUUGUUCUUAGAAGGCAAAUUUAUGAUGUCAGAUUUCGGCUCGCGGACGCCCGAAUUUAUGACGAGAGAAUCAUCACCUUGGCCAAUCAAGAUCUCGUUAACGGUGGUCAGGAGCCCAUCACUGCACAGGUGAGGCUACUUUAUUCAGAGACGAGGACCAGCACUUGGAAUAAUACUCUUGCAGUGAAGUUAGGUGUUAGCACACAACUCAGCGCAGGCAUUCCAUCAAUCCUAGACGGCUCUGUUACCGUUUCAUAUGAGUUUUCGGGAGCAUACGAGUGGGGAGGAGCUAUCGAAUCAACUAAGGAAGUGGAGUUUCAGCAAGAGGUUACUGUACCACCAAGGAGUACACUGACGGCGAGACUUUUAGCAACAUCAGCUUCAUGUGACGUUCCCUUUUCAUACAAGCAACGUGAUACUCGUAUCGAUGGGCGAGACGAGAUCUAUGACUUGGACGAUGGCAUUUACUCUGGCGCCAAUGCCUUCAAUGUCCGAUUUGAGACCGAACAAGUCCAUGAAGAAAUAAUUAAUGCCAAAAAUGUUGGAGAUAACAAACUAGUUGUUGAGCCAGAUGGUGUUUGA